AUGGAAAAAGUUGAAUUAAAUAGUCAAGAAUUGAAUUUAAAUUUGAUAUCUUUAGAUAAAUUUGAACAAUUACCUCAGAAAAAACAAAAUGAAAAUGAAACGAAAAAUUUAAAGAAAAAGAAAAAAAGGCAUCAAGGAAAGAAGUCAUCGGAUAAUAGUGAUUCUAUUAUUAAAGUAUCAUUUGCAAUUACGGAGACAGAAUCCACAACAUCCAAAACACUCGCAACAUUCAAAGCACCCACAACGUCCAAAGUAUCCACAACGUCCAAAACAACCACGACGUCUAAAACACCCACAACGCCCAAUAUACCCACUGCACCCACGGCAAUCACAGAAAUCACGGUACCCACGGUAUCUACAGUAUGCACGUCACCAUUAUCAAAUAAUCAGCAUAUCAAUGCAGAGAAUCAUGAAUCUGCAAAACUUCCUCUUCCGUUUCGACCUCCUAAAGAAAGAGCACAGCCAACUACUCAACCAUUUUAUCCAUAUUCAUAUCCACAUUCACAUCAAAUGAAUACACAAAGAUUUCAAUUUUAUCCUCAGAGAUAUCCGCAAAUGAAUAUGAAAAUAAUACAACCUCCUUCAUACUAUUUACCCAAAAGACCAACAGAGAAUGUUCAACCCCAUCUUUUUAUAAAUCCUAAAAAUCGAAAACAUAUAGAAAUAGAGAAACCACCACUUCUUUUUCCUAGGAAAUCUGACUCUCAGAAAGUAACAUAUAUGAUCCCGGAUAUGAAAAUAGAAUCAAAGGAUUAUGGAUCAAUAUCUUUUCCAUCAACGGAAUUAUGGUUUAAUCAUUUAAAUUCAGAUAUGACAAGUCUUUCACGUACACAUGAGAAUAAUCAUUGUAUUGCAAUUGAUUGUGAAAUGGUUGGUGUUGGAGAAAAAGGAAAACAUUCUGUAUUAGCGAGAGUUAGCAUAGUAAACUAUUAUGGUGAAGUAUUACUUGAUAGAUUUGUUAAAUCUAGGAGGGAAAUUACCGAUUAUAGAACUCAGUUCAGUGGAAUUACGCCGGAAUUAUUAACCAAUGCAAGUGAAUUUAAACAAGUACAAAAAGAAGUUGAAAAUAUUAUGAAGGAUCAUAUUGUAGUCGGCCAAUCAAUCUAUUUUGAUUUCAAAGUACUUAAAACUAGACAUCCAGAACAUCUGAUUCGAGAUACAUCACAUUAUAACACAAUACUUGGUGUAAAAACUGAGAAAGGUGUUACGCCAUCUUUAAAAAAAUUGGCCAAAGAUGUUUUAGGUAUCAAUAUUCAAGAAGGUGAACAUGAUUCAAUUGAAGAUGCAAGAGCUUCUAUGAUACUUUAUAGGUUUCGACAAGCUGAGUGGGAGGAACAUUUAAAAACGAAUGGAUUUCCGAGGCCAAAAGAAUGUAAAUUUUGUGAUUCGUCAUCUCAUGCUUCCAAGAGAUGCCCAUAUAAUAAACAAAAAUUAAAAAAUGAUAAAGAUAAUUUGGAUCGAAAUAUAAAGAAUAAUGAUGGAAUUGAUUAUGAUGAAUAUAAUAGAAAUCCUAAUACUUCCAAAUAUUAUUCAUAUAGUUAUCCUAAUAAUUAUAAUGCUAAUUAUGCGCCGGUUACGCAUCAACAUUAUAAUAUAAUUAGUUAG